AACCGGUGUCACGCGGUAGUAUUGUGACUUGCUGUUUACCUCCAGAGCCGAGAGCUAACGUUAAACUUCGCUCAGACUUUUAGGAUUUUGAAAGUAAUGUUUCUUAGUAACAUGUAUCCCGAGGACACUGGUAAACACGUCGCGCGCUGAACGGCUAAAUGUGGAGCGGUGCUAAGUGUUGAAAAACGGUUUGGAUUUUGGUCAGCUGACCACCUAUUGAGAAACGGCAUAUCAGGCCAUGGCUGGCAGGGAUGUAAACGAGAGCUCUCCUCUUUUGAACAACUCUGUAACUUUAACCAGACCAGAGCCCUUGUUCAACGGCAGGAGACUGGCAUGUGCCGCCAUACUCCUGGCAGAGUCUUUGGAGAGGAUGGCCUUCUACGGCAUCACCUCAAACCUGGUGCUCUUUCUCAACAGCAGCCCUUUCUAUUGGGAGGGCACCUCGGCCAGCCAGGCCACCUUGAUCUUCAUGGGUGUCACUUAUUUGAUAUCGCCUUUUGGUGGCUGGCUGGCGGACGCGUGCCUUGGCAAGUUCGCAACCAUAGCCUUGAGUUUAGUUCUGUACCUGUUCGGGAUGCUGCUUUUCCCCUUUGUGGCCAACGACAACACCAGGACCUCUCUGUGUGGAGACGAGAUGGCGUUUCCAGUGCAGCCGGCAGAAUGUUUUCCUGAAAACGGGACUGUGCCUGCCAACGUGACCUGCAUGAAUCGGCCAUCCUACUGUGGGCAUGCGAUCUACAGUGGUCUGGUGCUGGUGGCCCUUGGCGUGGGAGCUGUGAAAUCAAACAUCACUCCAUUCGGGGCAGAUCAGGUGAAGGAUCGAGGUCCAGAGGCAACACGGCGGUUCUUUAACUGGUUCUACUGGUGCAUUAAUCUUGGAGCCAUCUUCUCGCUGGGUGGAGUUGCUUAUAUUCAACAGAACGUUAGCUUCUUUAUUGGCUACAUCAUCCCAGCCGUCUGCCUCGGGGUGUCCCUCAUCAUCUUUGUUCUGGGCAAAACUGUAUUUAUAACCAAACCUGCAGAUGGCAGUGCCUUCAGCGACAUGUUCCGGAUCCUGGCCUCGGCUCUCUGUGGACGCGGGCCAAAAGAACCAAGUCUGCUCAGGCCAAAGCCAUCUCUGUUGGAUGGCGCCAAGGUGACGUACGGUGGGCGAUUUUCAGAGGAGAAGGUGGAGGAAGUGAAAGCGCUGGUUAAAAUACUUCCUGUUUUCCUGGCACUCAUUCCGUACUGGACUGUCUAUUUCCAGAUGCAGACCACAUAUUAUCUCCAGAGUCUCCAUCUGACAAUUCCUGGAGCAGGUCCCAAUUCCACAGACCCCCACCCGAAUACCUUCCGCUUCCCGGCAGCUUGGCUGACCAUGUUUGACGCCGUGCUGAUCCUCAUGUUGAUCCCCCUCAAGGAUAAAGUGGUGGACCCCAUCCUCAAACGCAAAGGCCUGCUGCCCUCCUCUCUGAAGAGAAUCGCUGUGGGCAUGUUCUUUGUCAUGUGCUCGGCGGUGGCAGCUGGCAUUUUGGAGACAAAGAGGCUGGACAUCGUCCGCUCAUUAGGUCCCAUCCCGCAGUCGCUUGGUGGAGUUACUUACUAUGCAGCUGAUCUGCCCAUCUGGUGGCAAGUGCCUCAGUACGUCCUCAUCGGUGUCAGCGAAAUCUUUGCUAGUAUUGCAGGUCUGGAGUUUGCCUACUCUGCAGCCCCUCGCUCCAUGCAGAGCGCUAUAAUGGGCCUGUUCUUCUUCUUCUCCGGCAUCGGCUCUUUUGUGGGAUCUGGGCUACUUGCAUUCGUCUCUCUCAGAAUCAUCGGCUGGAUGUCUUCACAUAAAGACUUUGGUAACAUCAACGAGUGCACACUGAAUUACUACUUCUUCCUCCUGGCUGCCAUUCAGGGAGUCACACUCCUUGUCUUCCUCAUUGUGUCUGUGAAGUAUGACAAGCAGAAGCCCAAAGCAGGGAGCCACAGGGCGUCUCUGACCAACUCAUGACCCCCAUCCUCCUCACCAGCCGUACGUUCACUUUCAUUACUCAGCCACCAAAUCAUGUGCCAGACUUUAAGCCUCAUAGUGUUUCGAAAAUUUUACUUUUGAAGUAUUUGACUUGAAGCCCCCUGUGUUUACUGGAACUGGCUGUUCUCUUGCUAUUUUAUCUACACGAGACAAUUUAAAAAAGAAAAGAGAACAAAAAAUUACCCCAAUUGUUACCUACAAAAUUUUCAUAUGAAAUGGUUGGAAAUGAGGUUUAUCCACUCAGUGAACCAGAUUAUAAAAUGUGUGUUUGUUGUAGUGUAUGCUUUGGGCAACAUUUUGAGAUUUUUGCUGUUUUGACUAUGUCAACGUGAUUUACAAAUUCACUUACUCCUAAAAAUGAAAGUGGCUUUUAAAUUGUUUAUGAUGGCUUGUACGAUUGAUCGUUGGUUUAAAAUUUAAUAUUUAUUGAAACUUUUAUUUUGAUAGUUUAUGCUCGACAGGGUAAGACGAUACUCUUGUUCAGGUUUAUUUAAAAUUGUCCCUCUGUGCAUGUUUUUAUGGUAUACCUUUAAACAUAUUUUUAACAAUACUUUUUAAACAUUAUUAAAAAGAUUAUUUUUUAAACACAUUUCUCCUCUAAUUCAGGCACUAUUUGCACUGUAUUGUGUACAUUUGCUAAAUCUGCUGUUAAAGUGUAAUAAAUACUAAUUGGAUGUUUUUUUUAUGCCGUUGAUGCUAAUUGGCUGAUGUCUAAAAGGGCAAAUGUGGUUGGCUACUCAUUUCAGAUGGUAGCCAACAAAUAAUAAAUUGCAUACAGAAUUUUCAUAUCAUCAGACAUCAGUGAAGUAGUUGGUUAAAGACUGCAGUGCAAAAGACUCAUUAUUAUUGAUAAGGAUCACAUUCAUAAUUAUGUCCUUAACAGUUUGAUUAAAUUUGUAAUUUGGUACUAAACCUGUGGCAUUAUAAGUGUUUCUCACUUUUAGAUAUUUUAUCAGGCAUUAGGUUGCUAUUAGUUUGUUUUUAACGAUUUUGAUCAUAAGUGGUAAGGCUAAGCAGUCCAUCGCUCUUUAUCAUGGUUGUGAUAUGAGUGUAUCAUCUCAGAAAUGAGGAAUUUGCACAAGGAGUGCUGAUAUCAUGAAGCUGACGUCUUUACUGCAGGACUAUCUCCGCAAAUGCAAAUGAAUAGCGUUUCCUCCGGAAGCACCUGCGUCUUGUUUGUAAUGAUUCAUGACCUUUUUAGAUUUGUAUAAGGCUUUCUGAUGAGCAGCGAACCUCAAGCUCAGAUUUUCAUCCGAAUGAGGUUGUGUAGUGAGAUUACAUUUGCACUAAUCUCUAUUGAAAAAUAGCAACAUCUUUAUAAUUUAAUAUACAGAAUCAUGAAUUGUACAUGCAGGCUUACGAUACAUCCCAUAAAAAUGUAUACCUCAGCUUCAUAAUGCCAUCAUGCUGUAAAAGGGCGCCUGGCUUGAUGUCAUUUUCACGCAAAUCUUGCGUAGCCACUCUUUGCUUCUGUUUUGCCAGCUAAUUAACUAAGUCCUCUGUCUUUGCUUCGACCACAAAAAUAACGAAAUAGUAACAACACUCCCGCCAUGCUUUUUUGCUGGUACUUUUUAUGUUUUAAUACACAGGUAGUUCCUGUGGUUUGCGUCGCACUUUUUCAGCAGUUACACCUUGUGCCUUCGAUACCGGAGUUGUUUCACACGACUCUCGCAACUGAUGCACCGUCCUCAAACAUUUACGUUAGGUUGCGAUCAGAAUCCCUUUGAAUGCGAUUGUAUCGACAGUAUUGACAGAAGAGCAGGUUGAAUCUGAUCAAAAUGGUGAAUUAUUAAAAGACACAGUACGAGGAAAGGGCAUCAUUUGUUUUAACUGGGCAUAUUCAAAUGCUGAUUUAAAGCUUUUUUUUUUUAAUUGUAUAAUGUUACUGUUUUCUCUCAAACAGUAAAAUGCAUUUUGAGUUUGUGCAGUGGAAACAUGCAUUGUGAUUAUUUUUUUUCCAUGCUUUUGUUUGUGUUUAAAAUGAAACGGUUUCUUCUUUUUGUUGUUGUCCAAUAAAGUGCAUUUGAACUCGA